AUUGUAAAAUAUUUUAAUCCAUGAAUUGGAUGAAAUAAUAAUUUUAACUUUCUUUUUGUUCAAAAUACUUUCUACUGUAGAAUGUAUUUGAGAAUCUCUAGGCUAGCAGAAUCGUGCAGUAUUGCACGAAUUAUACAUAUGAAUAUAAACAUGAUAGAACAAUAUUCUGGCCUGAAUAGCAUAAUGUUAUAUACAUAUUUCCAUAUUUAUAUCCGUAAACUGUAAAUGUAAAGUAAUGUUGCCUCAAGAAAUUUGACGAUCUUGAUAUUUUACGAUUUGAUGAUCAUAUAAUUGCAGAUUGCAAACGUGUACACAUCGUUAUAUCGCAAGUUGUAUUUUUUUAAAACGUUUAUAAAAUAAAAUAGAAAACGCCGAAGGAGAGAAAAGAGAAGAAAAAAGACGAAAGAAAAAGGAAGAAUGUAUAAGGAAAGACUGAUAGCUCAAAUUCUGCAACUUUCUAAAUUAACUGCAACUAUUACAUUUCUUAAAGAAAAUCCUUGUUCUCUUGUAAUUUAGUUACGUCAAUAUUUAAAAAAGAGUAUUAUUUAAUACAUUUAAUCUUUGCAAUUAAAUAACAUACGAAUAAUAUUAAAAUAAUUUAAUUCUUCCAAAUAUUCAUUGUUUAUUAAUUAAAAUGUUUUAAUUGUGAGAUAGAAUGCUUCUCUUUUAUUGUAUGCCUCGUUAUAUAUCAUCAAUUAGAAAAUACGUAAGCAUGAUCGUUGUGAUCAAUAUACGCACAAGUUUUAAUAAUGUUCAAUAAUUAGUUUCACAUGAAAACAAGUUCAAGAUAAAAUGUAUUCAAUAUCAUUAAAAUUCGAUCCUUUUCGAGAAUUGGAUCGCAAUGUGCACAGUAUUUAAAGAUGUACAUUAAUUCAUAGACUUAAAAUAGGCAAGCCGCUCUAAGCAAUGCGGUAGAUGGUUAUAUUGUAAAAUUAUUAUAAGAUUUAUCCUAUAUGCCUGUAUAUUUUCUAAUGUGAAUAUAUUUUUAAUAAAUACAAGUACUACGUGUCAUAAAUAUGUAAAAUACGUGUCGAUUAUCGAUUAUUAAAAUAAUUCAUUUAGAAUUAAUCUAAUAAUGUCAACUGCAUCUGAAUUAUACUAAAUACUGUAUACUUAAUUUUAUUUUGCUUUACAUAAUAAGGCAAGUGACAUGUGUGACGCUUUAAUUGUUGCCGCUUUUCCAUGAUGCCGAUUGGCUGUCUCUAUUCGCGCUUUGCGUAUAUUCAUAGCAUCGAGCAGCUGUUAAGAGGUUUAACAGUUUGACAGUUGUCAAAAUAAAAUUAAAUAAAAUUAAAAUUAUUCAAAAGUUAAAUCUUACACACAUAUUACGCGUGCUUGUGUUGCUAAUGUAAAAAAGUAUUGAAGUUUUUGUAAAACAAUAGAAAUUCGCUUUGCUGCUUUAGAGUAAUCGCAUUUUAACCUAUUAUGUCAUUUGUAAACUUUAUUGAUGGUGAAAAACUUAUUAUUUUAAUUUGUAUCAUUAGAUUAUGAGCGUACACGCAUGUCAGCUGUUUUUGCAAGAGAAUAAAUUUCCAUUUGCGGCUAUAAAACCAUUGACUUUCAAAAACGUGUGGACAGUAUGGUUUGGUAUCAGCAAAUAUACUCCAAAAUGUAAUGUUUACAUGGAUAGUAUGGCUGCGGUUACCACUGAAAGAAUAAGACAUGCCGCACAUAAAUAUUGGUGGAUAAUACAUCCAUUCAGUUAUGGCAGUGCAUUUAAAUAUAAAAAAAUGGGUGAAUGAGAAUUUUGUAUGCAUGCUUGUGCAUAUAUGUGCGUUAUGUGUGUAAAUAUUACUUUUAUUUUGCAAUGUGACAAUACUAAGAUUUACAGGUUUUUAUGGGAUACAUUCAUGAUGGCAAUAUAUAUGAUCGCUUUCUUUUCGAUCCCUCUUAUGAUUUGUUUCGUCAUAAUGGACUACGAAGUAAUUAGUUUAGACAGAGUAAACAUUCCAAUUUAUACAAUUUGUUGGUUGGAUAUAAUAUUCAAUUGUUUUACGGGAUACUAUGAUAAGAAAAAUAUGUCUGUCGAGUUGAAAUUUACUAAAAUAUUUAUGUAAGAUAUUCUAAUUAAUAUUUUCAUUUAGAUUAAUUCUCGAUUAGUUGUUUCUUAUUCAUUUUCACGUAUAAUAUUAAAAUCAAAUUUUCGU